GCUAAUUUUGUUAUUGUUUAAUUUUAGCAAAAAACAAUUUUUAAUGAUGAAGAACAUUGUUGAUGUUAUGUCAAUUCAACAAAGAACUGACAAUGUUUCUAAUUCGCCCAAAGCAAUACAAACUGACUACAGGAAAAAGGAUGGACAAGGUGUUGUGCCACGUUUUCUUUUCGAAUGUUCCAUUAAAUUAUCUAUGAAACCAUUGACAUCAGCAACAGCUGCUAUUAUAUUCCAUCGAUUCUUCAAUGAAGUCCAACGAAGUGACUAUGAUCAAUAUUUAAUUGCAUCAAGUUGUUUAUACUUGGCUGGAAAAAUUAAAGAUGAUCCGGUAAAGAUUCGUGAUGUUAUUAAUGUAUCGUAUAGUACUUUGAAUAGGGGUACUGCACCUCUGGAUCUUGGUGAUGAAUAUUGGUCUAUGAGAGAUGCCAUUGUCCAAGCGGAACUUCUGAUUGCACGAACAUUGAAGUUUGAUUUGAAUAUUGAACAUCCACAUAAAUUCCUUUUGUAUUUUAUGAAAUCUCUAAAAGACUGGUUGGGAGCCAACACUUGGAGUUCUCUUCCUAUUGCAAAGACUGCCGCUGCAUUUCUACAAGAUUUUCAUCACAAUCCUAAGAUUCUAAAUCACAACCCAUCACAUAUAGCUGUAUGUUGUCUUUCCUUGGCCCUACAAACAUAUGGAGUACAAGUUCCACUUACAGGCGAGUCGGAUGAGAACAGUGCUUGGUAUAAUGUAUUCGUAACCGGACUAAGCAAAGAGAAACAUUGGGAGAUUCUUGAAGAAAUCAUGGAAGUUUAUAAUCAUGAUGCAGAAAUAGACACUAACUAAAAUUAGCUUAAGACACAUAUUGGACGGAAAAAUCCUUUGAAAAUUUGAAAUCAAAUUGAUUGAUUUGUGAUAGUUAUUGCAAAGAGUUUGUUAGCAAACUUGUGUGCAUUUUAGAAUCAUUUUAUUAUUAAUAUUAACUCUCCCAUUCUCUCCUCUCUCCUACAUUUUAUUUCUAUCAAUUUUGUAUACGUGAAAUGAUUAAUCAUUUAAUUUUAAUCUGGAUAUCAUUAAUAUUCGCCUUCAUUAAUUAUAUAUAAAGU